AGAGAGUCACGUGACGCGCGCGUGUAGCGUCCCGGCCUCUUUCUCUCCUAUGUCAAAAUGGCGGCUGGGAGACCGGAGUGAUGACGUUGCUUCGCUAGGCCUGGGCGGAGCCAGGACGCUACGUUUCGCUUUCUGUCAGCCUUUUGGUGCGUGUCUGUCCCACUAAGAGGCUGGACAGGAAGGAGAGGGACAGCAGUCUGUAGCUGGCAGUGGUAGAGCCAUGGCUGCUGCUUGGCAGGAGGUUGCGGCCCAGCAGGCCGAGGAGGUGUCUGCCCGUGUAAGGCAGCUGGUCAGCACCGGGCUCGGCCUUCUCCGUACAGAGCUGGGUGUGGACCUUGGCCUGCAGCCCCAGCGCUACCCGGCCUGGGUGUUUUUGGCCUUGCCGCUGAUCCUGGGCCUCUUCCUCCUGUUCCUGUGUGCCUCGGCCCUUGGGCGCAGUUCCGCCGGGAAGAAGCGGGUCAGGGAGCAGAGAGAAGCGCCGGUGCAGCUGGAGGAUCCAAUCCCCGUCCCCAAGACCGUCAAAGCCGAGGAUCCGAAGAAAAAGAACAAGAAGAAGCCAGCGGAGAAGACAAAGCAGCCUAAUGGAAGACCUGUGGAGCUGGUGGAGGAGGCCAUAACAACCAUAGAUAAAAAGGAAAAUCAGAAACAGCCCUCAGAAGCUGAAAAGAAGAACGAAAAGACAAAAAAGAAUAAGAAGAAACCUAAAACUGAUGCAAAGCAACCACAACAGUCAGCAAAUCAAGAUAAAAAAGAAUCUGAAGAAGGCAAUUGGGAAACUAAAAUCAGCAACCGGGAAAAGCGCCAACAACGUAAGCGUGAUAAGGGAACCGACUCUGACUUAAAUAUCAGCAUUGUUGAAACUAUAAGUUCUGUUGUGAGUGAGCAGUUUUCAUCUGGACCAACUUAUUCUGCCGGCACCAGGAAAUCCAAAGGUACAAGUGACAAUAAUGUGAUUAAUGGAAGUGGUUGGAGUGAGAAGCCAUCAAAGAUACACUCCAUCCAACUUGCAGAGGAAAAGUGGGCACCUUCAACUUCAGCUGGGAAGAAGAAAGCAGAGCCUUCCACUUGGAAUCAGAAUGCGAACGACGCUAAUGGGAAAGAGUGGGGUGUAUCUUGGGGCGAGCGUCCAAUCUUUCCUGGCAUAUCUGCAUGGUCGAAUGUGGAUGGAAGAAUGACUGUAACUGAACCGAGACAAACGUCAUUUACCGCCAUGGGACUGAAUUCAAUUCCCGCUUCUGUAACCGAACCCAUUUCUCAGCCGGCUACCUCUGAAACCCAGUGGGAUUCUGCUCCUAAUGAACCGUGUAUUGAUGAUGAAUGGUCUGGCCCAAAUGGCCUGAAUUCUUCUGACCCCACCUCUGACUGGAAUGCACCAGCAGAGGAAUGGGGGAACUGUGGUGAAGAAGAGCCGGUGGAUGUUCCACAAGCUGAAGAGCCUGAACAACUUACAAAGGUAUCCGAAGAAGAAAAGGAAGAAUCUUCUGCUCAAGCUGCAGCAAGCGGCAAAACCAAGAAGAAGAAGAAAAAGAAGAAGCAAGGAGAGGAAUCUGGUUCUGCACAGGUAUCCGAAGAAGAAAAGGAAGAAUCUUCUGCUCAAGCUGCAGCAAGUGGCAAAACCAAGAAGAAGAAGAAAAAAAAGAAGCAAGGAGAGGAAUCUGGUUCUGCACAGGAUACAGAGAAUCUCGAGGGGGAAACAGUUGAAUUCCAAGAGGAUAAAACACCAGCUCCUCUGCAACCAGCGAAAAUUAGUCCUGCCGUGGUUGUAAAGGCUAGUGAACCUAAGAAACAACCUGAAGAGGAGACUCGUCAUCAUAAUGUAGUUACCGAGCCUUCAGUAUCUGUCAAACACAGCAUUUCUGAAAAGAGUCCUUCCCAAGUGCAACCGCAACAGGAGAAAAGCUCUUCCAAUAGCAAGCAGAAUAGUGUGCCUCCGCCCUCACAAGCUAAAUCCGAAGAGAACUGGGAAUCUCCAAAACAAGUGAAAAAGAAGAAGAAAGCCAGAAGGGAAACGUGAUCGUCCCCUGAUGAAUGGAGCACAUGUUCAGACACUAUCUCGGAAGUUAUGCUGUUUAUGCAAUAAUUUGUGAACAUGUACAGAAUUUUUAUAUGUUUGGUCUAUUUUUAAAACCAACUGCUGUCAAAUUUGAUCUAAGACAGGAGGAGAAACAAAUGAACUCUGACCUCCGCGGUCAUCAUGCAAGAGUACUGGAAAUUCAUUGGAAGAUGUGGUUUUGUUUUUGCCAACUUGGAACACACGCAAUUUGAUAGGAGAAAAAAGUGUUUAAUUCCUGAUUUUACAAAGCAGUGACCUGUUUACAUUCAUAUUGUGCCCUAUGUUGUCUCUCAAGUGGUGGAAGAUUGAUUUGCCGCUUCUGUAUUUUCAAUGUCACACUUGUACACACAAGCAAUGUGCCGCAUCACCAACACCAGUACAGUAACGGCGAGAAUGCUGACAUUUGCAGCGCUGAAGUGGAAUAUCCUUCGAUGGAGUACGUGUGGAUCAUAUACUGUGUAGCUUUUUUUUCCCCCUGCCCUCAAAGUAUUUUGUCUCGGUAUAAAUCGAAAUUAAAUUUUUUUAGGCAAGUAUGGAAUGUUUAAUAAGUCUCUUCCUGUUCUAAUGUACUUUUAUCCGGCUGACUUUACGGCAACUACCAGCAUUCCACAGGCAGCUGGAAUGAUUGGAGUUGUAGUUCUAUAUCUGGUGAGACCCCCCUCCCCCCAGUUGCCCUGCUUUACCACAUUUACAGUUUUUUCUAUAGUAUGACUGAGAAAAUCAUGUUUUUUAAUGAAAAUGAUGAUGACCUUUGUAAGUAAUUAUUCUUACUUUUUCUUUGACAUCCCAUUGGACACACACACGCUCUCUCUCACUCAUUUACAAACACUGUGCAAAUUUGCACCUGGGCUAGAGUCCUGUGCGGAACCAGUUUUUAAGACCCGUAGCCAGCGACCCCAACUACAACCUGCAUAUUUAUCCACUUUCAUCCUCUACCCGAUCCAGACCACUGACUUCUAUUGAACAGGAAGUGAUGUUGCUGCAAACCAGAAGUGACCAUCAAAAGUGGGCAGGGACAGAAAAAAAAGUUUUGUAAAAUAUAAGACAAUAUAGCAUAAGAUAAGAAAUUUAGAUGAGACCACAUGACCUGCAGACCCUGCAUCUAUACCCACACCUGAAAAUCCUCCCCUCAUCCCGCAGGGCACCUGCUUUUUUUGCGGGUACCCGACCCACUGCAGGACUCUAACCUGGGCAGUAACCCAUAGCAACCAAUCAGUAACCAGUUUUUUUUCCAGCCAUGGCUGAAGCAUUCACGUGAUUGGUUGCCAUGGUUUACUGCCCAGGUGCACAUUUGCCCAAUGUUUAUAAAUAACCCCCACCCUUUUCAUUGUUAAUGUGAAAUGUACUAAAAGGGGAUAUGGCGGCUUUGGACAGCUUUAAUUGACGUUGCGAAGACCUCCAAUAAUCAGGAAUGUUUUUUACUGCCUUAAUCUGUAGUAUGUAGAACAUAUCUGUAGAUUCCAGAAAUAAUAAUUGUUUCAUUAUGGCCGGUGGCUAUGGUUUGGGGGCAAAGCUUUCCAGCUCCAGACUGUAGAGGGCGACGUUUCACUGCUACCUACAGGCACCGUCCUCCUGUUUUACUGACCCCGCAGAUAAAGUUCAUAGCUCAGAAAUGUGCAUGAGAAGUCAUAUUUUGUAAAUAGCCUUACCAAAAUGUGCUCUUUGACAAGGACCAUCACUAUAAAACGUGUAUGAAACAAAGCCAUGAAUGAUUUUAUUUUGUCCUGCUUUAUCCAAUGGCACCGGAGAAAACUCACUGACCCACACCUCGGUGCCAUUAUGCUGUCCUCUGCCGGAGUAGACUGCAAUACACUGAAUUGCUGCUAUUGUCUCUACCCAGGUGUUUAAAGGAGAAGGAAAGCUACAUGCCAUUUUAUUGCCAAUAGAUUAGAGUAAGAAACUCUGUUUGUUUAGGAUAGCAGCUGCCAUAUUAGCUUGGUGUGACAUCACUUCCUGCCUGAGUCUUUACCUGCUCACUCAUAGCUCUGGGCUCAGAUUACAGCAGAGAAGGGAGGGGAUGGGAGGAGGAGCAAACUGAGCAUGCUCAUACCCAGGGCAAUGAGGUUUAAGCUGAAGGCAGGAAGUCUGAUACAGAAGCCCAUGAGUACACAAUAGAAGGAAAGAAAUGCUGUGUUUCAAUUGACAGAGGACUCAGUGCAGCAUUACUUUUGAGGGUUUUCUGGUAUAUUUAGGUGGACCUUUCUUAGUUUUAACCUUUCCUUCUCCUUUAAGGGGGCUUCAUGAGUGAGUAUGUUAAGUGUUGUUUAUGGAACUUUUUUCCUGGUAAACUUACUAAUUUUUACACCAGUGUAUUAAAACAAUCUCGUUUCAGGAACAUGAAAAGUAUGUUUACAUGUUCGGAAGUUUUGUUUAAUUCUGUGAAAUUUCUAAGUUGAUUUGUUUAAAUAAAUCUUGCAAAUUCCAUAGUG